GUACUGGAUCUUUUUCAUAAGUCAAAUAUUUUUGAAUUUCUAUUUCCUCUGGGUUGUUAGCAAUGGAGGAAGCCGUAGUUCUUUACCCAUCACCGCCGAUUGGCCACGUCAUAGCCAUGGUGGAGUUAGGCAAGCUCCUCCUCACUCAUCAACCUUCUAUUUCAGUCCACAUCCUCAUCGCCACCCCUCCCUACCAGGCUGAUUCCACCGCUCCUUACAUCGCCGCCGUCUCCUCCACCGUUACUUCCAUCGUUUUUCACAAGCUCCCCAAAGUCAUCCUCCCUCCAUCCCCCACUGUCACCCACCACGAGUCCCUUACUUUUGAAGUCCUCCGCCUUAACAACCCUAACGUCCUCCAAGCUCUCCUUUCCAUCUCCAAGGAUUACAAGGUACGUGCCUUUAUCAUGGAUUUUUUCUGCACCGUUGCUUUCCAAGUGGCCUCCGGUCUUAAUAUACCUCCUUAUUUCUUCUUCACCUCCGGCGUUUCCUGUCUUUCCUCUUUCCUUUAUCUACCGACCCUUCAUAACAAGACCACCAAAAGCUUCAAAGAACUCAAAGUUCUCCUCAACAUCCCAGGCUUGCCACCGGUACCAUCUGCAGAUAUGCCAAAGCCAGUGCUCGAUCGAAAUGAUGAAGUAUAUGAGAUCUUCUUAAACAACUCCACCUACUUACCCAAGGCAGCUGGGAUUAUAAUCAACAGUUUCGAAUCCCUCGAGUCGAGAGCCAUGGAAGCACUUAGCCAUGGGCUCUGUGUGCCAAAUGGCCCUACACCUCCCCUAUAUUGCAUCGGACCCUUGAUUGCCGACAUUGAUAGGAGAAGUGGAGUUAAUUCCUGUGAUGGCGUCCCUGAUUGCUUAUUGUGGCUCGACAAGCAGCCUAGUAAAAGUGUAGUGUUUCUCUGUUUUGGUAGUCUGGGAUUGUUCUCGGUUCAACAGUUGAAGGAAAUAGCUGUGGGGUUAGAGAGAAGUGGGCAAAGGUUCUUGUGGGUGGUGAGAAACCCACCGUCGGAGAACCUAAGUGUGGCUAUCAAGGAACAGGCGGAACCAGAUUUGGAGGCCUUGUUACCCAUGGGAUUCUUGGACCGGACCAGGGACAUGGGAAAGGUGGUGAAGUCAUGGGCACCACAGGUGACGAUGUUGAACCAUGAAUCGAUAGGUGGGUUCGUGACUCACUGCGGCUGGAACUCUGUGCUGGAAUCUGUUUGCUCUGGAGUUCCGAUGGUGGCGUGGCCCCUCUACGCAGAGCAAAGGUUCAACCGAGUGUUGCUAGUGCAGGAAAUGAAGAUAGCGUUGCCGAUGGUGGAGUCGGAGACGGGGUUCGUGGAUUCAAGUGAAGUGGAGAAGGGAGUUAGAGAACUGAUGGAGUCAGAACAAGGUAAAUUGAUUAGGGAGCGAACCAUAGCAAUGGAACACGAUGCCAUGGCUGCUAUGAGGGAGGGAGGUUCAUCUCGUCUAGCACUAGCUAAGCUUUUUGAGUCGUGGAAGAAGGGAUAAUGGCAGAAUUGUGGCAAGAUUCUAAUGACAAAACAAAUAACGUAUGUAUCAAACUUAAUCUUGGAGCAUCGAAUAUUUGAUGAUAUAUUUUCUUUGAAGAUGGUUAAUUUUGUUC